AUGCCCAUCGUCAAGCGCAAGCCGGUGCAGCCGCAGGGGGUGCCUGCCGCGCUGCUGUCAGCGUACACGGAGCGGAAGGAGGACCGUGCUGUGUUUUUUCUCGCAGCGACGGGCGAGGUGUUUGAGGAGUACGAGCCGUAUGCCGCGCGGCUGAGCUACUAUCACCAGCGCAUCUUUCAGUGCGAGUUGUCGGGCAAGUCGAAUCUGACGUUUUUUGAGGCGGCUGAGAGCGAGGCGCAGCACACGCGCGCGAUCCAGUCGCAGUUCCCCGACGCGCUCAAGGUGCCUGUGCUCCGAGCUGCGCAGUUCCAGACGUGUGGGCGCCUGACGGAGCUGGUCGAGCGCGUGUAUGAAUGCAUGCGCCAGCGCUUUUUCGUGGGCGAGGAGGUGUCGGUGGAAGAUGGCGCUCGCAAGCUCGGCAUCGUGCGUGGUGGCUCGUGCCCUGCGCAUCCGGAUCGGCCCCUGCAUGCCGACUUGCAGGCAGGCGACGAGCCGCGGGACGAUGCGCCGCACACGUAUACCUAUACCAUCGAGCUGCCGGCCUCGCAUACGCGCCUCGAGAACGUGCGUGCCGAGCAGCUGAGCCGCGGGCGCUUGGCGUUUACCAAGACGAUCCUCCGGCGCUUCCUUCGCGAUGCGCUGUGCCGUGAUGCGGCCGGUCUGAUGUGGCUCGUCCGUGAGCCGACCGCGCGACGAUUCGGCCUGCCCACCGAGGUGCCCGCGCCGAUCCAGCAGAAAAUCGACGAGGCGCAGGCGGCCAAGCGCCGCAAGUCGAGCGACGACGCUCCGCAUGCCAAGCGCCGCGAUACCAAAAAGGAAGAGGCGCCGAAGCCGACGCCCAAGUAUCCGUGUGAAGACACGCUUCUGGAUCCCAUCACGCCCGAUGAGCUGCAGGUCCAGGUCACCGGCGAACUGCCGCGGCAGGCGCAUCGUCCGCGCCUCGAUAGCGACGAGCAUCUGAAUGUGCCGCCGGAGCUCUUCGAGUCGUUCUUGGCCGUGUACUACUUUUUCCUCUCGCUGGGCGAGCCACUCGGCAUCUCGCACAUGGCCCUCGAUGACUUGGACGGCGCUCUGCGCCACCCCGUGAGCGAUCCGCCAUGCCCGCUCCUCGCCGAGGUGCAUGCCGUGCUCUUGAACGCGAUCGUCCGCGACGGCGCACACAGUCGCGACUUGGCGCCGGCGGCCGUCGCCCAGCGCCGAGCGCUGCAGGACGUGGAGAUGCCGGAGGAGGAGACGAGCGACGAACAGCAGGAUGCGGCGUCGGAUGUGAGCGAGCUGAGUGACUCGCCUGAGCGCCAUGUGCUGGACGCUGCGCGCGAACUGAGCGACGGAUGGUCGCGGCGACAGCUGAGUGACGAGCACCGCCGGGGCUGGGAGCGCUCGGUCAUGGGAUGCCUCGUGGAUCGUGCGACGCCCGACGCCGUGCCGCGAUACCUCGGCAUCUUGUCGCACCUGACGGGCGUCGAGUACGACGACGAUGCGUCGACGUCGAACGCCCACCACACGGUCAGCGAGCGGUACGUGCACUUGCCGCUGAGCGACAAGAUCCACAUCCUGCUGUUUCUGUGCGAGCUGGCUGUGUUGACCCGCGAUGUCAAGGCAUACUACGACGAGUGUGAGUCGCAUCUGACGGAGCUGCGCAAGGAGCGCGUCGAGCUGGCGCGCCUGCGCAAAAAGACGCGCGAGCAGAUGCAGACGCUGCAUGCGCCGGCGGGCAAGGAGGAGCAGGAGCAGGAGGAGCAGGAGGACGCCGCGCCGGAAGAGCCCGCGUCCGACUCGGACUCGGAGCGCGACGAAUUGGCGUCCGACGACGUGAUGGACGAGGCCGAUGAGGCGGAUCGAUACAAGCGGCUCGCAGGCACGCGGCAAGAGGCCCUGCGCGAAAAGGCACUGCAGCGCGAAGAGGAGGAAAAGCGCCUCGCUGAAGAGCAGGCGCGGUCGAAGGAGCAGGUACGCGAAACGAAGCAGCUGCGCGACGAGCGCCGCCGACUCGCCGAGUCGCUGCAGUGGUGCCUCCGCCGCGAAGAGGCAAUUGAGCGCGAGUUCCGGCAGUAUGCACAGAUCCCGCGGCUCCAGCCACUCGGCUGCGACCGGUUCCUCGACCGCUACUACUGGCUCGACGGCAUCGGGUCCGCCGCGGCCUCGGCCUACCAGACGGGCCGCCUAUUUGUCCAGGCACCGCACCGCCGCGAAUGGGACGCGCUGUGCACGGACUAUGCGGGCGGCUCCGCCGCGCUCGAGCGGCGACGGCGCACCGAGCUGCAGGUCGACGAGCCAUGCGCGUGGGGCGCCUGGGGCGUGUACACGCAGCCGGAGCAGAUGGAGCAGCUGAUUGCCUGGCUACGGCCGCGCGGCGUACGUGAGCAGGCCCUCAAGGCGCAGCUGCUCAAGUACCGCGACGCUAUAGAGAGCGGGAUGCGGCGGCGCAUCGACGACAUUGCUCUCGGUGUGCGUGAGCCGGUCGUCGAGACGCGCCGCUCGACACGCAUGCGGUCCGAGCAGGCGACGCAGCUGCGCAUGCCGUAUAUGCAGUGGCGCAACACCGCACGUACUUAG